UUGGCCUUCCCGGAUUAAUUAUUUUAUGAUAAUUUUGUCCCACUUCCAUUAGCUAUACGACUUAUUGUAAUGAUUUGUCAUACGAUCAGAAUGCAAAAGCAUCUGUACGAGUAGGUUUUAAGGUAGUGCCAAGUUGUUAAUUAAUUUAAUGCCAAGUUGUGUAACGGAGAUGCUUGACCAAACCACGAGCGCUAGCCCGAAGAACUCCAAAACUACUUACUUUACUGAACCAGAAACCCUGGAUUUUUGUGAUUUGGCUUUGGCUACUUCCCCAACGUAAGAGUGACGAGACUCCCUGUACUUCCGAUUUGCUGAAGUACCGCUUGUUCACAAUUGGUCUUGACCAAGUGUAUCUCGAUUGCGAAUCCGGGACCGUUGAGAUGGAUUCCAAACUGGCACAUUACGAGGCCUUCGUGAACGAAAAACUUCGUGGAGACCUGCAGCAAGUGGAGAACCGUCUGGCGAAAAUUCUCGAGGAGCUGAAUGAGUACCAGUCAUUAAAGAGUCUUAUCCAAAAACUGGAGGAUAAGAAAAUUCCUUCGGAUCACAUGCGUGUUUAUACGGAUCUCGGAUGUAAUUUCCGCGUUCAGGCUCAUAUAGUGGAUCCUUGCACAAUGUAUGUUAACCUCGGUCUCGACGUCUACGUGGAAAUGCCGUUAGCCCAAGCUUCGAAAUAUGUCACUGCUCGCAUUAACAGUCUCACCAGCACGGUGGAAUCACUGAAAAAGGCGGAAUACCAAAUAAAAUCACACAUCCGAGUCGUGCUGGAGGGUCUGCGGCAAAUGCAGAGUAUUUCCGCGGAACCUCCGGAAGCUAUAACUCCCAGCCUGCGUUGGUAGCGGAUCCACUGCUCCGUCCUAAAGCCAUGUCAUGACAUUGAUUUUUUGUACUUGUCUUGUUGAUUUUUCCGAAAAGGGUGACUCUUACUUAUAAUCAAUUUUGUUAUGGUUUGUGUUUGCUGGCUUCCUGGUGUUUAUUCCAUGCUUUGUGUUCAAAUGUAAUAAGAUAUUAAUAAUGAUUUAUUUCGCCUUUUUUUGUCGUGCAUGCAGAUACUUAUCUGUAUGAAUUGUUAUUUAACGAUGAACUUGACGAAGCUGCUUAGUGCUUACUGUAUUUGUGGACCAAAAAGUGGUGCCAAAAUUAAAUACUGACUUACUAUG